UAGUAGCCACACCUCUUGUUGGCUUGUCAUUUUAACUCACUGUUACUCCCCCUCUCGCUCGCUCGCUCGUUCACCCCCAUCCGCCUCUCUCUCUCACUGAGCGUUUCUUCUCCCAAUCCCCAUCCAACUCCGGCUGUCCAGAAAGCGCACGGUGGAUGGACAGGAGCAUUGGAAUUUACCACUCUCUUUUAGAAAAAUAAUUAAAGAACGAAACGCUGCUCUACACACUAGUCAGGACAUCUCCAACAACAUAGGUUCUUUUUGUCAGAACCUGUGGACCUUUAAAUCCAUCAAGGAUCUAAGGGCAGGAGAAGGCCAUGCCGUUUGGCUGUCUAACGCUGGGGGAGAAGAAGGAUUAUAACAAUCCUUCUGAGGUGACCGAAAAGUAUGACUUGGGACAGAUUGUUAAAACGGAGGAGUUUUGCGAAAUCUUCCGGGCCAAAGACAAAGCGACCUUGAAAAUGAGCACCUGCAAGAAGUUCCUGAAGAAGGAUGGGAGGAAAGUCAGAAAAGCUGCCAAAAAUGAGAUUGUCAUCCUGAAGAUGGUGAAGCAUCCCAACAUACUUCAGCUGGUGGACGUCUUUGAAACCAGAAAAGAGUAUUUCAUAUUUCUCGAACUUGCCACAGGCCGGGAGGUGUUUGACUGGAUCCUGGACCAGGGUUACUAUUCAGAGCGAGACACCAGCAACGUCAUUCGGCAGGUGAUGGAGGCUGUGGCAUACCUUCACUCCCUGCACAUCGUCCACAGGAACCUGAAGCUGGAGAACUUGGUCUACUACAAUCGUCUAAAGAACUCAAAAAUCGUCAUCAGUGAUUUCCAUCUGGCCAAGCUGACAAAUGGGCUCAUCAAGGACCCCUGUGGCACCCCGGAGUACCUGGCUCCAGAAGUGGUUGCCAGGCAGAGAUAUGGAAGGCCAGUUGACUGCUGGGCUAUUGGAGUCAUUAUGUACAUACUGCUAUCAGGUAAUCCACCAUUCUACGAUGAAACUGACGAUGAAGAUUACGAGAAUCACGACAAGAACUUGUUUCGUAAAAUCCUGGCGGGCGACUAUGAGUUUGAUUCCCCAUACUGGGAUGAUAUUUCUGAUUCAGCCAAGGGGCUGGUGAACCGGUUGAUGGAGGUGGACCAAGACCAAAGACUGACAACACAGGAAGCCAUCAAUCAUGAGUGGAUUUCAGGGAAUGCUGCAUCAGACAAAAACAUAAAAGACGGUGUCUGCGCACAGAUUGAAAAGAACUUCGCCAAAGCAAAGUGGAAGAAAGCGGUGCGGGUGACCACAAUCAUGAAGCGGCUGCGGGCCCCUGAACAGAGUGCGUCAGCAGCCACUGCUCCAGCAGCUCCAGCAGCUCCAGCUACCCCAGCUGCCCCGGCAGACCCAGAGGCACCAGCGGCAUCAGCAGACCCUGCUGCACCAGCCUCCAACGAUACCCCCACGGCCACAGAGUCAGAGAGCAGCCCGGGCAGCAGUGAAGCCCCAACACCAUCAGAGCCCCCGAGCGCAGAGCCAGAGAACAAACCAGCCAGCCUAGAGGAGGACAGCCCCGCCCAGCCUGACAGCUCCGCCCAAGUGGGUGUGAUGGAAGAGGAAGAGGCAGCGUCUUCGCGAUGUAAUGGGGAAACAGCCGCCCCCCUUGAGCCUGCUGUGGAAGCCUGUGACGAGCAGAAUGGCUAAAGCGCCGCACAGCCCCACUCUUCUUUGUAAUAUAGCCGCUGGCAUGGUGACGCUGAAUCCGCUAAACUCUCUCACGCAGCAGAAUUAGUAUCGAGCUUAAAGAGGCAGUGUCCCAUCUCUGUGGAAGGAUGCCUAAUGGGUAGUGCUUUUUUUAUUUUCUUUGAUUCUUUUAAAAGAGCCUCUUUUUUCUGCUUCAGAAUAACCGCCUAUUUUUGCAGGCUGCUUUGUGAAACUAAGCUAAGUGAAAACUGUUGCUACUGCUUAUUUGUUUAUUUGUUUAUUUGUUUAUUUAGCAGACGCCUUUAUCCAAGGCGACUUACAGAUACUAGGGUGUGUGAGCUAUGCAUAAGCUGCAGAGUCACUUACAAUUACGUCUCACCCGAAAGACGGAGCACAAGGAGGUUAAGUGACUCGCUCAUGGUCACACAGUGAGUCAGUGGCUGAGGUGGGAUUUGAACCGGGGACCUCCUGGUUACAAGCCCUUUUCUUUAACCACUGGACCACACAGCCUUCCACUCAGUGUAGUCUUAAGAGGGAGUAAAUAGCUUCAUUUAUUUUUCUUCAUGCGUUAUCUUUGUUGUACUUUCAAUCAUUCGGAUUGGUUUUGAGUUCCGUUGCACCACAAAUUAGAUACUCAGCUAAAUCCACUGCUGGCUAUUCAGUUCUAACUGACUGUUAUGUUCUUCUUUGACUUUUCUGUCGGCUUAAUAUAUAAUAUAUAGUGUAGUGUAGAGCAGGUUUCGGUUAGGGUUAGGGUUAUUUAUUUGUAGGCUUGGACUGCUGUUUACACAUUGGCUCUACAGACUUAACAUCCCUGAUUGAAUGUAAAUACUUUUUUUUUAAUUGACAUUUUUAUUGAUGCAGUGAAGAUGUUUUUAUUUUAUUUUAUUUUAUUUUAAAACUUUUAUUUGAAACACUUUUUGUUUUAAACCCAUCGGGGCCUGACAAACUGAACUAACCAUGGGCACUUCUAAAUAAAACUGCAGAGACUAAAAAAAAUCCUGAUUGAGCAAAGGGGAGAGAGAUCCUACUUGACCACCAAUAUCACUUUGUAAAAUGCAGCUUUUCUUUUAAUGGAAGUCUCACGUUUUAGUAUUAGAUUGUUACUGAGAUUUGAUUUUUUAUUCAAUUAAUUGUAAUGUUUUGGGUUAAAACCCAUUGAAAAUGAGUUGGAGUCAACUGAAUUACUUGCAUGUUUGACACAAUGAAGUUUCUUAUUCAGACUUAUGUAUUGCAAUCAUAUUGCCUCUAACACAGGGGAACGUGUUUGUUUUUCUAGGAUGCAGUUUUACACAGGCAUCCUGCAGAUUGGGGACACUGCUCUUAACUUGCUGCUGUAAACAAAACUCUGUAGAAGUAGCCAAACUGGAAUGCAUUUUGAAAUUUCUUGUACAUUGCACAUUGUUUGUAAGCAACUGAUGGAUAAAGAUUUAGUAUAAGCCUCAGCCAUGUAAAUAAACAUAAAUAUGUAAGUAUAUUACACACAUAUACAUAUCUAUAUUUGCAUUCCCUCCAAAUUCCAUGCUUUUCGUGAUAAAAUGAACAACAACUGGGCUUAAAUUGCAAAGAGGGAUUGAUGGACUGACCAUGUAAAUGGAUAUAUUUACAGGGUCACUGUAGAUAGAUAGAUAGAUAGAUAGAUAGAUAGAUAGAUAGAUAGAUAGAUAGAUUGACUUCAGAGGAAGACACUGUGAGCAGCCUGUUACAGAAAUAAUUUAGAAAUAUAUUUAAAUAUUGAUGAACAUACAGUACAGUUGUCCAUAAAACUCCAAUGCAUGCACAUGUGAAAAUGCAUGUGCAAACAUUCACAUGCAUUAAAUAUAAAACACAUAGAUAAUCACAAGUAGAAAUGAAGGAAAGUAUGGUAUAUCAGUGUGUAAUUGUACUGAUUUAGAUGAGGAAGUGUCCAGAAAAUGUAGUCAUAAUGAUGACUCCUUAAAUAACUCAUUCACAAAAGUCAUAUACACUGUACUACUGGGUGUAUGGGAGCUAUAGGUAUUGCUGUAUAUAUAGUAUUGUUUUUAUUUCGUAUUGUUUUUAAGUUCUACCAGGUGCGGAUUGGUAAACCAUUUUAACUUAUUUUAUGUAUUAUUGGUUUUAUCAUUUGCAAUUAUUUAUUGAAGUACUGUAGGAACGUAGCAGUACAUCCUAGUAAGGGACCAUUUAUUAUAAAGCAUGAUACAUACAGACAUGUAUACACACAUAUGUAGGCCACCAACGCACUUACCCAUUUUCAUAUUAUAUGCACAUAAUUCUGUGCAAAUACAGAACUAAACUCAAAUACCUGUAUGUUUCUGUCUCCCAAGUCCAACAAAUCUCUGUCCAUCAGAUGUCAGCCUUCUCUUCUGGACAAACGACUGGGAACUCUUUUCUUUUGUGUUUAUCCUGUCCUUCAUGACUCUUUCUGUACAGUGGCAGGGCCCUGCUAGUUUGUAGGCCCGGUCUUUGACUUGCAGAUAAUCUGCUGCUUCUUUAUUCCUCUAAACAACAACAAAAACAACAAAAUAUAUACUUAAAAAAACAUAUACUUAAACUUUGCUCUUGGACACAAGCUUACUAUCUUAUUAAUUUUAACAAAAAAGCUACUGUGCCUCUUUAUUUUAUUUGUUUAAAUUUGGGUUGAGAAAAAAACAAUGAAACUAAAACAAAAUAAUACUGCAUCUUAACUCAAAGGUUAAGGGGAAAAACAGGAACUACUCGAAAAGGGGAUCUCCUUGUACUGGAUGGCCUUUUUGUUUUGUGUUACAGAAAGCAGUCUAUCCUGCAUUUCCAAAGCAAUGUUGAAUAGUGCUUCAGAUUCAGAGUCUCUACCGAGGCAGCCAAGAAGCAUUAGCACUCAGAGUGUUUUACAUCAGCAGCACACCUGUCAUAUAUUCCAUAGACCAUUAAACACUCCUAAAGCGUUACUUUUUUAAAUGUAAUACAUUACCUUAAACUUUGUAAUAAAAGCCUGUGGCUCAAUAGACAGCCAUUAUAGACUAUGAUACCUGUACAUCUGAAGCAGCCUCAUGUCUAAAUAUAUUAUUAGUGACACAGGUAAAAGUGGUCAAGCCUUAGAACAGGUGAUGGCCUAAUUUCCAAAAUUCUGGUCUUGCCUGUCAGUAAGUCUUUUAUUUCUACAUACUGUGGAUGUAGGUCAUGAUGUUCUGUCCUGAUUUUGUAUUUAGAGUCGUGGCAGGAUAUACAGUAUGUUACUAACAGAUUUGUACCAUUUUUAUUUUUAUUUAGGAUUCUUAAAUUUAUUCUUAAAUUCCUUUAAUUCACACGCAUUCAUUUUAAGUAAUUUCUCAAUGUUUAUAUAAGUAAUUUACACAAGUGAAAUGGCUGCUAAUUAGUUCUGUACAUUAAGCAAUACAGCACAGUUUAUCACUAAGAUUCAUGAAGUCUAACUGUGUUUCUUGAAAAUUGCUUGAAGAAGUAGGCAGAAAAUAGAAAGGUGGUUACAGUAUUUGAUUAUAACAGUUUGUUUUUGUCAGCUUUUUAAUACAGUACUUUUCUGUUGCAUAACCUAGACACCAUGUUGGGCAAUAUUCUGUUUUCUGAAUGUAUUUAUUUGUUUAUUUAUUUAUUGGAAUUAACUGAACAAUGAACUGGUGAGUCGUGUUUCUUAUUUAAAAGCCCUCUGUAUCCCUUGUUCUAGCCAAUGUUUAUUAGAAUAUCAUUUGAUGGUAAUAAAGAUUUCUUCAUUGGA